GAUUGACAUCCGCUGGCCCCGCCCACCACCGUUGACGGACAGUAAUGGGCGGGGCCUGCGCCGCCAAAGGCACGGGGGCGUUUUCGUGCGGGUUUGCGGACUGGGCCGUUGCGGUGAAUGCGUGAUUGAGGUCCCGCAGCUAAUAAUCAUCCCCCCUUUUUGGGGCCGGAGUGCACGGCGCGGAGGAGCAGCCGGAGCAGGGUGAUGUGCCAUCAGCCACUGGGGGGCAUCUGUCCUCACUGCAACUUGUUCAUCCUGUGAAGCUUAUGGGAUAGGAGUGUGUGUGCCCCUUCCCAACACUGCUGCCCCGCUGGAGUCACUUGUGCCAAAGCUGAGCUGUGAGGAAGGAGCAGAGAUGGGCAGCCCGGGCUGCGAGGUGGCUGUAGCCGGGCCGGUGGAGCCAGUGCUGGAGGCUCUGUGUCAUGAAUGUGGCCAGAUCCACCGCAGCUGGGAGAACCACCUCUACAACUACCGUCUGGAGGUGGACGACGACCUGGUGUGCCACAGUCUGCAGCCGCUGGUGCAGCCGCUCGACACGCCCUGCGGACACACCUUCUGUGCCCGUUGCCUGCGGAGCUUCCUCCAGGAGAGGGACUUCUGCCCACUGGACCGGACGCGGUUGCAGCUGCAGGCGUGCCGUAGGUCCAGCAUCCUGGUUCACAAGCUCCUGGACAAGCUGUCUGUAUCGUGCCCUUACCCGGUCUGCUCCCUCAGCAUGCCGAGAUGUGACUUGGAGGCUCACCUCAAACACAGGUGUACUGGAACAAGGUGUCAGCAGACCAUCGUGGAGGGACCCACGAUGUGAAAGUGUGUGACGAGCGAGGGACGGGGACAGCCCUCCAGGUCGCCCAACUCCCCAACAGACCUGAGGGACCGCACACCCUCUCCACCCUCUGGACCCACCAACACCCCAGCAAGCAAGGGACCUAUGUGGAUGGAGGCAGGUCUUGAUAACCCCGCCUUCGAGGAGAGCAGGAAGAAGACAGUGAGUGAAUCUAGUGUGGUGGGGUUGGAGUGUGUGGUCCCCAGGGUGAAGCGGCCUCUCAGUAAUCCAUGCAUCCCUCUCCGCUCUGUCAGCUCCACCUCCUCUGGCUGGGACUGCCCUAGUCGCACGCCUCUCUCUGCUGAAGAAGGGUGUGUGAAGUUGCCCUCGCUUCCUGAAGGAGAGAUAACUGCCAUAGAGGUCCACCGAGCAAACCCGUACGUGGAGCUUGGCAUCAGCAUAGUGGGGGGAAAUGAGACGCCGCUCAUCAACAUCGUGAUUCAGGAAGUGUACAGAGAUGGAGUCAUUGCACGAGAUGGGAGGCUGCUGGCCGGGGAUCAGAUACUGCAGGUGAACAAUGUGGACAUCAGUAACGUCCCCCACAGUUUUGCUCGCUCCACACUGGCUCGACCCUGCACCACUUUACAGCUGACUGUGCUUAGGGAGCGUCGCUGUGCCUCUAGGGCGCCUCCAUCCUCCUCCUCCACCUCCUCCACCCCGGCUGUGCCCCACGCCCCUGCCUACCCCUGAGGGCACCCGUCCAGCCCCGCCACGCUGAGAAUCACUCUGCACAAGCGGGACUCAACAGAGCAGCUCGGCAUCAAGCUGGUGCGAAGGACAGAUGAGUCCGGCGUGUUUGUUUUGGAUUUGUUGGACGGGCUGGCAGCGAAGGACGGCAGACUGCGAAGCAACGACCGCGUGUUAGCAGUCAAUGAACAGGACCUACGCCACGGCACCCCGGAGCAGGCUGCACAGAUCAUACAGGCCAGUGGAGAGCGAGUCCAUCUGAUGAUUGGCCGACCAAGCAAACCAACUCCUCCUCCUCCGCCAAAAUCGAGCUCCACCAGAGACCUCUACUGCCUUGAUCACUUCCUGCCUAACCACAGCUCCACCCCGAGUCCUGUGCCCGUACAUCUCUCCCGCACCAGCACCCAUAGAGACCUUUCCCAGUGUGUGACCUGUAAGGAGAAACACAUCACUGUGAAAAAAGAGCCCCUCGAGUCUCUGGGCAUGACUGUGGCAGGAGGGCGGGGCAGCAAGAGCGGGGAGCUGCCAAUAUUUGUGACCAGCGUUCAACCGCACGGCUGCUUGUCAAGAGACGGACGAAUCAAACGAGGUGACGUCCUGCUCAGCAUCAACGGACAGGACCUGACGUACCUGAGCCACAGUGAGGCUGUGGGCACCCUAAAGGCCAGCGCUGCCUCGCCCUCCGUCCAGCUGCGGGUGCUGGAGGUCAGCAUGGUGGAGGAGCACGAGCACGACGAGCUGCUGCCUCACACACACGACAGCGACUUUGAUGCCAACUGGUCCCCUUCAUGGGUGAUGUGGCUGGGCUUACCCAGCUACCUGCACAGUAGUCAUGAGAUUGUUCUGAGAAGGAGCCAUCCGGGCAGCUGGGGCUUCAGCAUUGUCGGGGGAUACGAGGAGAGCCAUGGCAACCAGGCGUUCUUCAUCAAAACCAUCGUCCUCGGCACGCCCGCGUACUACGACGGCCGCCUCAAGUGUGGAGAUAUGAUCGUGGCAGUAAAUGGCCUCUCGACAGCCGGAAUGAGCCACUCGGCGCUGGUCCCCAUGCUAAAGGAGCAGCGCAGGGUGGCGCUUACUGUGGUCUCCUGGCCCGGCAGCUUGGUGUAA